CGUCAUUCUACGCGACUACCACAGGUGAAGGUGCUGCCCACCCAUGAUGCCAGCAAGGUGCGUGCAAGUGGAUCCGGCCUUAAAACCACUGGAGUGCCCACCUCUCUGCCAGUGAAGUUCAACAUUGAUGCCAAAGAUGCAGGACCCAGACGGGAAGCCCAAGAAGCAAAUAUCUGUGACAACCAUGAUGGGACCUACCUGGUGUCUUAUGUGCCAGACAUGACUGACAGAUACACCACACUCAUUAAGUACGGAGGAGACGAGAUCCCUUAUUCACCCUACUGAAUCAGGGCUCUGCCCACCCGAGAUGCCAGCAAGUGCACUGUCACUGAAUGUUGUCCAGU